AAUUUUUGUUUGCCACCCCGUGUCCUCAAAAAGGCAUCAAAAUUUGCGUCGUAAAGAUGGACCUGUUAAAAAAAUUUAUGGGCUUAGACGGCCGGAAGGAUGAUGAUGACGAUAACAGGAAGAAAAAGACAACACUCAAGGACGAGUUUCGCAAACCGAUCUGGGUAGAGGAGGACGACAGCGAUGACGAGCUGUUUGACAAUCGGAAAAUUUACGGUGUACAAAUUUUUACCAACCCUAUUGAAAUGCAAAAGUAUUUCGAGCAGCAGAUGCAGGAGAUGUGGAAGUCGCUCGAAGAGUACGAUGAAAAUGUGAGAAUGUUCGAUCAUGAUUUGAAGCAAGAUUUCCUGAAGCCCGGCUUUGAGGAAGCCGAAGAUGGCGGUAAGCAUGUGAAGCGGCAGGACACCGAUCUGGAUGGAGAGAUCUAUGCUGAUCAGCUGCAUUCACUGUUGCAGCGCAUAUCGCCGGAUCUGAAGGAACUCAUGCCGAAGAAGCGUACGGAAAAGACAGAAACCAGCAACGCUUCCUUCCAGCGUCGUAAGCUCACCGAUGAUGAGAAAGUGAUGGAUCUUAUUCAUGGUAUCACCGAUCAGAAACAAUCGUCAGCCGGGAAUCUCUCAAAACCGUUUAAACGCAACGGUGGACUUCAGCAACGUUUCCCGGAAGGUGGAUUGUUCGAGGGCGCAUUCCAAGGACCACGUAUGUUUGGUCAAAGCAUCAUUUCGCAAACGAUUCGCCGCCCGGAUGGGUCGUACGAAACACGCCGCACCGUACGUGACUCGCAAGGUAACACCCAAACAACCGUCACGCUGUCCACGAAAGAUGGUCGCCAGGAAACGGUCACUACGUACGAUGAGACUGGCAAGAAGCUGGGAUCAUCUGGUGAGGAAAUAUUUGGCAUGCAAAAGGGUGGUGGUGGCGGCGGCGGUGGUGGAGAAUUGAGGGAGGGUGUCCUCGAAAAGUUGCCGACUGGUGCACUGCUAGCGCUGGAUGGCAAGUUUGGGCUGAACCGCAAUGGUUACGUGCUCCCGAAGAACCUCUGGUGACUUCACGCAUCGCAAACCGACCGUCGUGAUGUGACGCUCUGCUGUG